AUGUCAAAGUUCCCUGCUCGCGGAUUUCCGCUUCGUACCAUCGGCGGACUUCGCUAUGGAGUGGCUGCAGCAAGCGCAGCCAAUCUCAGUGUUGCUCCUCAAAGUCGUGCUGCAUCCACUUCACGUCUUUCGCCGUUGUUCGGAGGUUCAUCGAAGAGUGUUCUUCGACCUACUGCCGUCAUACGGAGUGUUAGACUUCUCUGUUCAGGAAAUCUCCCGUCGCAUAAGCGUGUGGCACUGCCUGCCCUGUCUCCCACCAUGGAGAUGGGUACGGUAAUCAGCUGGCAGAAGAAAGAAGGUGAUCAGUUGAGCGAAGGUGAUUUGCUAUGCGAAAUUGAGACCGACAAGGCCACCAUGGGGUUCGAGACACCUGAGGAAGGCUAUCUUGCAAAAAUCAUUAUCCAGGAAGGCUCCAAGGACGUUCCAAUAGGAAAGUUGCUUUGCAUUAUUGUUGAAAAAGAGGAAGACGUGGCGGCGUUCAAGGAGUUCAAAGAUGACGGGGCCUCAGCGGCCCCUCCUGCGGCAGAGGCAUCUGCCCCAGCUUCACCACAACCACCACCAAAACCAGCUGCAAAGGCUGAGCCACCACCUCCUCCACCGGCUGCAGAAAGCACGCCAGCGCCUUCCUCACCUCCGCCCGUUUCUCAAGGUGGACGUGUAGGCGCCACUCCUUUUGCGAAGAAGCUUGCCAAAGAACGAGGAGUGGAUAUCAGUGGGGUGACUGGUUCAGGACCUGGCGGACGUGUUCUUGCAGCCGAUCUUGCUAAAGCGCCUGAUAGUGCACCUGCUCAAGCUGCAUCAACUCCUCCUCCACCGGGUGCAGAUUACACAGAUAUUCCACUUUCGAACAUGCGUCGUACAAUUGCCAAGCGUUUGACGGCAAGCAAAACAACUAUCCCCCACUACUAUCUUACUGCCGAGAUAAAUAUUGACUCGUUGCUCAAGGUCCGCGAAAAGUUGAAUACACUGCUGGCUCAAGGAACCUCUGGUGGUAAAACGAAGAUUUCCGUGAAUGACUUCAUUGUUAAGGCAUCCGCUUUGGCCUGCUUGCGCGUGCCAGAAGCGAACAGCUUCUGGAUGGACUCGUUUAUUCGACAAAACAAUUCUGUGGAUGUAAGCGUAGCUGUGAGCACUCCUGCAGGAUUGAUUACUCCAAUUGUAUUCAACGCACAUGCGAAGGGUCUUGCUACGAUAUCGAGCGAGAUUAAGGAUUUGGCAGCUCGUGCCAAAGAUGGGAAGCUGCAACCGAACGAGUUCCAGGGAGGUACCUUCACUGUUUCAAAUCUUGGCAUGUUCGGCAGUGUUACCGAUUUCACGGCCAUCAUCAAUCCCCCUCAAUCAUGCAUUCUUGCCAUAGGUGGUGCCGAGACGAAACUGGUCCCGUGCGAGGAGCAGGGAUACCGUAGCGUGAAAGUGAUGAAAGUGACACUAUCAUGUGAUCAUCGUGUUGUAGACGGAGCAAUCGGAGCUGUUUGGUUGCGUCAUUUCAAGGAGUUCCUGGAGAAGCCACACACCAUGCUUCUCUAG